AUAUUAGUUAUAAACUAAAGAUUGAUCCGCUCAACUGCGCGGAUAUUAGUUCUUACAUUUUUAUAUAUUGAUAUUUAUUUUUUAUAAUUAGUGUUAUAUAUUUUAGAUGUGACGUAAUAUAACUAAUUGUAUUCAAAAGACCUUGACCGAAUCAAAUAAUAUGGUUAUUUUUAGUACAAAUAUCUGAACCUAUUUCAGAUACAUUUUUUAUUUAGGUAUUUUUAGAUUCUUAUACAUCAAAAAUGAAUUCAUCCAGACCCAGAACGACUCAACUCAAAACUCACACAUAAAUUUAUAAUAUUCAAGCGGUGUCUAAUUUCAAAAAAAAAAUAUCCGAAAAGAACAACUCGUACCUAAAUGGAUAGUCAAUGCUCAUGCGUAACUGAUUUUAUAAACUAAUAAAAAUGAGUAUUUCUAUGUGUUUGGCUAAAUUAAGUGAAAUAAAAAAAGUUUUUUAUUUAGUAAAAUAAUUACAUAGAGUGAAAAAUUAAGUGACAAUAAAUGUAAUAUAUUUAUAUAUUUUUUUUUGACAACAAAUAUUUACAGACUCAUGUUGACUUUGUUAACUAAAUCGGUAACUCCCCAUCCAUGUGAACAACGAAAGACGGUUGUUUUCUAAUAUUGUGUGCUAAGCUAUCUGCUCAUAGGUUCUUCGUCCGAGGUACAUGAGCGAUGUCUUAGUUGAGGAAGCUUCUUUUUAAAAGCUUAAUAUCUUCCAGAUAGUUGGGGUUUUAAUUAGGGGUUUGGGAGAGAGGCGAGCUCACUUCUGACUCUUUAGCAAAUUGUUAUAGUUUACUAAAUUGCAGUAUAGAUCCCUUACUGUUUCUUAUUUCAAUUUGGACUCCGUUAUUUUUCUUUUCUAAUCUUCUUAACGUUUGCAAACAACGCUGCGGAAGAAAAGUUUUGCAAAUUUCUUGUAAGUGUUUUUUUAUAUAUAUGAAAAUCCAAAACAUACAUAAUAAUGAUUAUUGAUAUAAAAUAUAAUAAUAAAUUAAUUUGUGUAUAUUUUAAAACUUGAAAUACGUAUAAAUUAUAAACUAGAGAUUGAUGUUGCACGGAUAUUAGUUUUUACAUUUUUAUACAUUGAUAUUUGUUUUUCAUAAUUAGUGUUAUAUAGUUUAGAUGUAUCUUUAUAUAACUAAUUGUAUUCAAAAGACCUGGACCGAAUCUGAUAAUAUGAUUAUUUUUGGUACAAAUAUUCAAACUUAUUUCAGAUACAUUUAUUAUUUAGGUAUUUUUAGGUUCUUAUACAUCAAAAACGAAUUCAUUCAGACCCAGAAGAACUCAUCUCAAAACCCACAUAUAAAUUUAUAAUAUUCAAGCGGUGUCUAAUUUUAAAACAAAAAAUAAUACCCGAAAAGAACAACUCGUACCUAAAUGGAUAGUCAAUGCUCAUGCCUAACUGAUUUUAUAAACUAAUAAAAUGACUAUUUCUAUGUGUUUGGCUAAAUUAAAUGAAAUAAAAAGAGUUUUUUUAUUUAGUAAAAUAAUUAUAUAAAGUGAAAAAUUAAGUGACAAUAAAUGUUAUAUAUUUUUAUUAUUUUGAUUUAAAUUAGUAUUUUAUUCACAAACACAUGUCUUUGAAUUAUGUUUUUGGCUAUAUUCCACCGACUGAAACUAAAAUUAAAAAAAAAAGGUAAAACAAAAUAAACCGAAUGUUUAACCAUAUGCAAAACUCAGUUAUUUAAUAUUUUUAUUUUAUAAUUGUCACAAAAUUAAUUUUGAUUAACUAAUAAAUAAAAAUCUGCAUUAUUACUAUUAUGGUAAUAUAAUUAAUGAAAGUGUUGAAUUGAGUGAAAUAUGGAAAAAUAAUUAAUAUACUUAUAUUAAUGAAAUUACUAAAAUGACAUUAUUUUUCUUUUUUAUAUUGUUUUUAUGUUUUCAAACAAUUUUCAUUUAUAUUGUUAUCCUUGUUUUCAAACCGUAUCAAAAGACAAAAAGACAAAAAUAGCACUAAAUCAAGUUUUUGUUCACAAACUAGCACUCAAGGUCAAAGAUUCAAAAGUCACAAAAAUAGCACUUAAUGUUUUAUCAAAAGAAAUAAAUAAAUGUUUAUACCACUAUGGUAAAGUAGUGUAGACAUUAAGGUUUAGAGUUAAGGAGUGGGGUUUAGGAUUUAGGGUUUAGGGUUUAGAGUUUAGGGUUUAGGGUUUAGGGUUUAGAGUUUAGGUUUUAGGUUUUAGGGUUUAGAGUUGUGAAUUGAGAUUUUGGGGAUAAGAUUUCAAAUUUUGAAAAAUAAAAAAAUUUUAAAUUUUCAAAAGAUAAAAUGCUAUUUUAGUCAUUUUAGUUUUUGAGUGCUAUUUUGUGAUAUAAACUUAGAAAUGUGCUAUUUUGGAGAUUUGUCCGUAUCAAAAUGUAUUUCAAUUUUAAUAAUAUAGAUUUAUGAAUUUUCAUUUUCGUUAGUAUUUUUGAAAAUCUCUGUCGUGGAUGGAAGUACUCUAAUGGAAUAAGUACUUGGGAUCACGCAAUUAAAGAAGUUGAGUUGAACAGAUCAAAUUGUUACAAAUAAAAAAGAACAGAUCAAAUCCGUACAUUUCACGUAUUAAUUAUAAAUUUAUGAAUUUUCAUUUUAGUUAGUAUUUUGGAAAAUCUCUGUCGUGGAUGGAAGUGCUCUAAUGGAAUAAGUACUUGGGAUCACGCAACUAAAGCAGUUGAGUUUGAACAGAUCAAAUUGUUACAAAAAAAAAAAACAGAUCAAAUCCGUACAUUUCACUGAUUAAUAAUUUGAUUUGAAAUGGAUUCGUCGAUAAAAAUCUCUUAAACAUAUAGAUAUUCAGUAAUAACCUACAAAAUAUUCAGAAGACUUCUUAAUAUAUACAAUUGCGUGAUAAUGAAGAUGCUAAACUCGUGGUUUAUUUUUUUAUAAAGUUGGUGAUCAGUUCAAAUCCUUUCUUAUUUCUUUCGACAUUUUUUCUCUCCUAAUUAUUUUGUCGUCUUCUUCUGUAUAUUAUUUACGUCCCAACUUAAAAAAAAAAAGAUAAUCUCCCACGUCUUAAAAACUGUUUAUUUAAUUUUGUUUUUCCAAAACUCCAGGCAGUGAAUUAUCUAACAUCCAUGCCGACCCUAAUCACUAUUAAAAAGGGGGUCACCAAGUUAGAGAGGGUGAAAAAGAUUUAGCAGUCUUGUUGUUGUUAUCAUCAAGAAAAGUGGAGAUGGAAUCGUCGCUGACUCAUGUGAUGCUUGUCUCAUUCCCAUCACAAGGUCACAUAAACCCACUUCUUCGUCUCGGAAAGCUCAUAGCCUCUAAAGGCUUACUAGUCACUUUUGUCACCACGGAGGAGCCACUUGGCAAGAAGAUGCGUCAAGCCAAUGAGAUUCAAGACGGCUUGCUUAAACCCGUCGGUUUAGGUUUCCUCCGGUUUGAGUUCUUUGACGAUGGGUUUACUCUCGACGACUUAGAGAACAAACAGAAAUCUGGUUUACUAUUCACAGAUCUUGAAGUUGCCGGAAAAUGAGAGAUCAAGAAACUCAUCAAGAGGUACGAGGAAAUGAAUCAACCCGUAAGGUGUGUAAUAAACAACGCUUUUGUGCCGUGGGUAUGUGACGUGGCUGCUGAGCUUCAAAUCCCUUCGGCUGUUCUUUGGGUCCAGUCUUGCGCUUGCCUUGCGGCUUAUUAUUAUUACCAGCACCAGUUGGCUAAGUUUCCGACCGAAACAGAACCAAAGAUCAACGUUGAAGUCCCCUUCAUGCCAUUAGUAUUGAAGCAUGACGAGAUCCCAAGCUUUCUUCACCCUUCCUGUCGAUUCUCCAUUUUCACAGACCACAUUUUACAACAAAUCAAACGACUUCCAAACACCUUUUCUGUUCUCAUAGACACUUUUGAAGAGCUAGAAAGAGACAUCAUCGACCACAUGUCUCAGCUAUGCCCUGAAGUCAUCAUUAAUCCCAUCGGACCGCUUUUCAUGAGGGCUAAAACCAUAACCUCUGAUAUCAAGGGAGACAUCUCUGACUCUGUAAAUCAGUGCAUGGAGUGGCUUGACUCGAAAGGACCAUCCUCCAUCGUUUACAUCUCCUUUGGGACUGUAGUCCACGUGAAGCAAGAGCAGAUCGACGAGAUCGCUCACGGCCUUCUAAACUCAGGCUUAUCCUUCUUAUGGGUGGUUCGGCCUCCUAUCGAAGGGAUAUCCCUAGAAACACAUGUCUUGCCUCGAGAGGUCGAAGAUAAAGGAAUGAUCGUUGAAUGGUGUCCACAAGAGAGAGUGUUGCCUCAUCCCGCGGUUGCUUGCUUCCUAAGUCACUGCGGAUGGAACUCAACCGUAGAGGCUCUAUCUUCUGGCGUUCCCAUUGUUUGUCUACCGCAGUGGGGAGAUCAAGUGACAAAUUCUGUGUACUUGGUUGAUGUGUUCAAGACAGGAGUAAGACUUGGCCGCGGAGAGGCUGAUGAGAAGAUUGUUUCAAGGGAGGUUGUGGCGGAGAAGCUGCUUGAAGCGACGGUUGGAGAGAAGGCGGUGGAGCUGAGAGAAAAUGCUCGGAGGUGGAAGAAGGAAGCUGAGGCUACGGUGGGGUAUGGUGGAUCAUCUGAUAAAAACUUUGGAGAGUUUGUUGAUAAGUUGGUUGCCAACAUCUGGUGAGAGAAGAUACCGGGAAACACUUAUCAUACCGUUGGCAUUUGGAAAUAUAUCACAUUGAUUUCAUCAUAAUGGUUGUAAUUGUGUCAUUAUUUUCAUCUUUACAUCACUUUCCCCUAUAAGCUGGUUGCACAAAUGAAGGUUAGAUGGUGUUUCAUCGUGUUCUACAAAUCAAGAACUACGUAUUUUUUCCAUUAAAAAGUGUAAUCUGCUGUUUCAACACUAUGUUUAUUUUUAUAACAAAAGAUCGUUAUAUUACUCAAGUUAAGAUGGUUUAUAUGACCAUAUCGGACUUUAAUAAUCAACAAAACAAAACAAAAACCUAUGAAAGGAUCGAGCAGCUAUGCCUGAAGUUCUUGUAUCUCCUUUAACUCUGUCGAGAAAGUCGGCCAUGUUUGAGGUUUCUUUAUCAUUGGUUUCACGUUUGUACAGUCAGUCCCAAAGUAUUGACAUGUCGAAUGAUACAACAUGAUUUCCAUUGCAUAUGGCAAUUAUUUAAAUUCUUUGUGACAACUAUAUGUCUUGUGAUUAACUACCAUAAAAGAUGAUUUUUUUAAGGAGAAUUUAUCUUUCAAGCAAAGGUUUUGAGCUUAGUGAUACUUGGUAAUGUGUAGACAACAUCAUCUUCAGCCUUGAGUAUAUGUCUGGCAGUAUCUGAUUUAAUAGUAUACAUACUACUCUUAAAAAACUUCAACAAUAAAAGUCAUGAUGUAAAAAUCAGCUUAUGGCCAAACUUCUAAUCAAUCGUAUAUCUAGAUGCCACAAAGUUGUCAAUAAUUUCAACAUCCUAUUGUUUUGAAUCUUCUCUAAUAACAUUACUAACUGCUAUUUUGGGAUGGACUGAAGGGUUUAGAUUUGUCUUCACUCUUGAACUCUUACAUUAAGCUAUUAUUUAAUUAUACCCAUUUGUUUCUUUGGAAAUGGUAAAAAUUAAUAAUCUUUUUAGGAUCUCCAUAUCGUGGAUGAGAUGCUUUGAGAGCAUCAUCUCCAAAAUAAACUCUAUAACUUCAAAUAUAUAGUUUUUUGUUCUCCAAAAAUGAACUUCAAAACUUCAAAUUUGAAGUUUCAUAUUUUUAUUUGCAUUUUGGUUCUUAUAAUUAAUUACACAUUACAUUUAUGAUUCUUAAAUAUUUUCUCAUUUAUCGUUUUAAAUAUUUCAAAUUUGUUUUUAUAAAUUCAAAUUUUACACAUAAAAUUAAAUAAAAUAUGAAAAUAAGAUUUAUAAUAUUUUAAAACUAGAAUUAUACAACAAUAAUAUUACAAAAGAAAUUUAAUAAAAAACGUUUUAAAAAGAUACAUGAAGACAUAGUUAUUACACAAAUUUAAAUAAUACAACAACAUUAAUAGUCUAGUAAAUUUUCUCCGGAACCUCCUAAAUCUCUAAACUAUUGUCCAAAAUUUGUUUGUGUAACCAAAGAUGGAGCAUUAUAGAAAUAAUUUUAUGAAAUAAUGCGGUAUUUUGUUUGUAUUUUAAUAUUUAAUUAUUUAUUUCUAUUCAUAAUUUUAUAUUUUAGUGUAAUAUUUUAUUAAUUAAUAUUACUGUAAUAUUUUAUAUAUGUGCUAGUUAUCUAUAAAAGUUUUAUGGAUUAUAUUAAGUAUGAAAAAUAUAAGGACCAUAGAGUAAAACACAAAUACUUUGAAGUGAAAUUUGAAGUUUUGCUUUUGGAAAAUAACAUCUUGAAACUUCAAAUAUAAAGUUUUAUAAACUCUAAAAUAAAGAGUCAUUUUGGAGAUACUUUAACAUAGUAGCACUAUUUCUAAUCACGAGAUGCACACAGAAAAAAAAAAAAAAAAAGAAUCCGACGUGGGAUCACGUCAAUUAGAGCAGUUGCCUUUGAACAUCAAACCCAUACAUUUCACUCAUAAAUAAAUUGGUUUUAAUUUAUAUAUGAUGACUAACUUGAUUUAAGAUGAAUCUCUUAAAAAUGUUCAUCAAUAACGACAAAAUAUUUAGAAGACUUCUUAACAGACUAUUGGUUAAAUAUGAAGAAGCAGAUCUCGUGGUGAAAUUUUUAUAAAAAAGCUGGUGACCAGUUCAUGACUUUAACAUAUUUAUCUUUUGGUUGUUUUUUUUAUUAUCUGAACUUUUAUAUUAGAAACCUUGAUACAAUUUGGAAUAUAAAACAGACAAAUUAACAUUGAAUCUUCAGAAAUUAAAUCAGUGGAAAACAGUUUCUCCAAAAACAAAAUAAAUAUAAGACCAUUGCCAACACUAAAAACGAUUAAAAAUAUUAAUUAAGAAUAAAUCAACCCAAAAAAAGAAAACAUAAUAAAAGAUGUUUUUUUUUUCAAAAUCAACAUAUAAUUCCAAGUCAACCCUAAAAUCAACCUCUUUUUUGUCAUUACUAUUCAUAAAUCUCCAAAUCCUCCUUAUGUUUUUGAAUUAUUUACAAAAUUGUCAUUAUUUAGUAAUUUCUUAAUUAUUUCGAAAUGGAAAAAACCUAUUACAUCCUAAACAUUUUUUCUUAUUUACAAGAAUGUCAUUAUCAUCAAUUUUCUAACCACCAUGAACCACCAUAUUUUAACUCUUAAAAGUUGAAGAAUUCAAAUUUUAACCAUUUUUUCUCUUUCUAAACCAACAAAUCUUCAUUUUCUUUCAUUUUCUCUUCAUUUUCAUAUAAAAAAUUCCCAUAACUUUCAUUUUUAUAAGCUAUGCUUUCAUAUUUUCUAUUUUAUUCAGUUGUGAGUCAUCAAUGGUAGUUAUUUUUGCUUAUAUUUGGAGUUUGGACGGUGGUAAAAGGUGGAAACGAGCUUUACACCGGAAAAGAUAACUAUUUACAUGGUUUUCGUCAUUUUUCAUAUAUGUGUUGCGAUAGUAGACUGUUUUGUAUGUUACGCAUACGUGUAAACUUACGAAGCGGUCUACUAGUCAAAGCACAUGUUAGUUUUGCAAUUGGCCAAAAAUUAUUAUUUUGUAAAGAAGAUUUCCCUGGAAGUCUACGUUUUUACCUUUGAAAACAAAAAACUAAAAAGUAAGUAGACUUAUUACGUAGAGGUUAAUUUUGCAUAUGAUCGAACUUUUGACUUUUCAAAGUAGACUUCAUCGGCAAAGACAUUCUGGAGACUGCUUGGGAAGUCUACAAAAUGUCAGUUUUACAUCUGACCAAAACUUUGACUUCGUUGAAUGGGUUGGUCUUGUAUUUGACUAAAAUGUUAAAAAAAUUGACUAAAAGAAUAAAAAAGUAUAGACUUCAUAUUCAAUCUACUAAUCUCAGAAAGAACGUAGACUGCAUAUGAAGUCUACUAUUUUAUUGUGGUUAAAUGAAAAACUAACCCAUCGGAUUUGAGAGUAGACUUCCCCUAAAGUCUACACGUGUGUAUACGUUCGUCUCAAUCUAUUUGUAGAAAGUCAAACUUGUUCAAUUGCCAAAACUAACAUGUUCUAAGUAAAUAAAAUAAAAUAUAGACUGUAUAUGAAAUCUGCUUUUGAAAAUCAAAUCAUGGUUGAAUUCUGGUCAACUGCAAAACUAACAUUUUCAAAAUGUAGACUGGAAAGAAAGUCUACACAUAUUAAAUCACAAUUUUUUUUGUAAAUACAUAUAAUAACCCGUGGAUUUUGUAUUUUCAAAAACUAACCCAAAUAGUAGACCUACAUGACAGUCUACAAACGUAAACUGAAGAGAAAUUCUAUUAUUUUGUAGACUGAAUAUGAAGUCUAUGUACAAAAAUCUAUAAAAAAAAGUGAAUUUGUGUAUUAUUCAUAAUGUAUUUUCUAGAUUUUUUUUAGUUUGACAAUGUGUGUUAGUUAAUACCAAUGGUCUUGAACUAUUUUCAAAAGAUAAUAUUUUAUAAUUAUGAAGUCUAUGUCGAAAAUUCUAUUAAAAGUGCAUUUGUGCAUUAUUCAUCAUAUUUUUUUCACAAUUCAAUUGUUUUACAGUUUUUGUUAAUGAAUUUUAAUGGUCUUGAAUGAAUUUUAAAAGUUAAUGUUUAUAAUUAUGGAACUAAAAAAUUUCUUGUUUGAUUAAGUUGUUAACUAUUGAAUGUAGACUUACUUAGAAGUAUGUUUCUGUAUUUUUAUUGUUUAAUGUAUACACUUGAGACAUAUUGUAAAGUUUUGUAAUUUGUUUUACUCUUGAAAAUUCUUUGAAAGAUUGUAUAGAUUUUUUUCUUCUCACAUGUGUGUUAGUUGUUGUUUUAGCUUAUGGUGCUUUUAACUGUUUGGCUGAUUGGAGUAUUUUCUGAAAAACUGAUUGCUAACAAAAAUUAAUAAUAUCAUACAAGUGAAACACAACUAAAAAAUAAAUACAAUGUUUAUAGAUUAUGUAUCAAAAUAAUUAUUUACAAAUGAAUAUUUUGUAAUGAUAAAUUAUUACAAUGAAAUUUAUUUAAAUAAUCUAGAGUGUUUGAUUAUUCGUAAUCUUGAUAUUUCAAAUGAAGUGUUGGAAAACAAAUCUCUGCAAAAUAAGAUAAAAUUAUGAGAAAAAAACAUAAGGUAAAAAUUCAAAUCAUAUUUUAGUAGACUUUUUAUGGUUUAGUAGACUUUAUUUGAAGUCUACUAGCCUUAAUUUUUAAGAAGACUUCAUGCCAGUAUACUUCAUUAGAAGUCUACACUACCGAAAACUUUUCAGAUCUAAAAAUGUACAUUUACAAAAUUUAAAAAUUGUUUUUUCUGCAAAAUAUUUCAAAAUAGUGUUUUAACCUAAAAUAGUAGCAAAGCAAAAACAUAGAGUUUGUAUCUAUAAAUUAAGUUUUAUAUAAACAAAAAUACUGAUCUAAAAUGAAUAUAUGUAAAUCUUACAUUUUUGGGAAGAUGAUUUGAAAAAUUUGGAAGAUAAUAUCUGCAAAAUAAGAUAAAAUUAUGAGAAUUAUA